GGAAAAUCAUUCGAGUUCUCAAGAUUUGUACAACAUCAUUGUUUUUGGAAUAUCAAAGUCAUUCAAUAGUCCAUCAUUAGCCACACAAUGAGCGGAGACUACUCGAACGGUGACCUUUCGAACGGUGACCUUUCGAACGGUGACCUUUCAAAUGGGGACUUCUCGAACGGGAACUUCUCGCAUGGUGAUCACUCGAACAAUCAUUUCUUAAACAACAACCUCUCGAAUGAAUCGUCGCAUAGCCCAGCAUCCCAAUCUGACUGGAAAAAAUUAUACGAUAGCAUAAGUGAUAUGUUCAAAGCAUCUCAAGCCGAACUGCAAGAAUCACGGUCAGAAUGCAUGCGACUCCAAUCACAAUGUCGAGAGUCACAGAAAAGAUACGAGCAACUCCAAGAGGUAUGGCGAUAUUUUCACAUGGAGCAAGAAAAAGAGUGGCGGCUCCAGAUGGUAACCGCAAGAGCUUUUCAAGAAUUUCAAAUGGUGUACGAGGAAGAACGAAAACAACGACUUUCAACUGAACAAGCACGAAAACUGGCUUACGACAAAAUUCACGAACGGUUGCAAUCAGGGAGUGAAACGGCACAAAAUACAGCGGGGAAUCCGAGCCCCAAUAUUAGUCAAAGCCCCUUCCAGAAUACAGGGCAGCCUUCAGUUUCAGAGCACUUCCGUGUACACAUGCCAACGCACUCGUACAGACAGCAUCCAGGAGCCAACCUAAAUCUCUCUCCCUUCACUUGGAUUCCUGCCCGACGGAUGCACGGUCGAGUUCCUGCUCCAGAAUAAAAGACAAUACUGGGGCUUGAUGAUUCUACGAAGAUGUACUUCA